AUGGAGUUGGCACCAUUCACGCCGCUCAAUUGCGCCGUCUUGAUCACUGCUCGCCUCCUUCUUAUUGCCGCGAUUCUACGAUUUAAGGCGUAUAGUCUCAGGCGCAAGUCGGCUUGUCUUUGCCUUCGGCACGUACGUGACGACGAAUUAAUAUCAGGAAACCCCGAUAUGAGCACCGCAUCAAAACGUCGGGCUAAGCAAUGGCCUGUGGACAAGGACUUGGGUGUCCAUGACUCCAAAACAAAUGCAUUCAGGGGCUGGAUAAUCAUCAGGAUGAGGACGACAUUAGUUCACCACGAGACCGCAGACGAGAAGCUUCCUUCUCUGCGUUGCAGCUCACUGGGUUCUACGUAUGCCCCUUUUUCUCAGAGACGUACAACUACCAUUGAUAUCAUAAUUCCCGGAGUCAUUUAUGAAUUUGAGACUUCCCUCAGCUCUUUUCAACCAGGCUAUUCGCAACUGGAUGGGUAUGGAAUCCACAUUGAUUUUAAGGGAACUCGAGAUAUUGCCCCUGAGUUGUAUUGUUCAUCACAUUAUUCGGAGCGAGAUCUGCUUCCUUCAGACGCCGGGUACAAAUGCAUUCGAGCAAAGCAGACAAUCUCCAUUCACAUCACCAAUCGUCUUCUUCUCCAGGUUUGUGGCCCCCCUCUAAAGCUUCUAAAUCCAAAGUCCAACGCCGUCCAAAACCUCAUGCUCGACAUUGCACGCCGUCAAAACCAAAUGAAAAUUCUCCGCAAGCGCAAGAGAUAUCGCCGGCGUGCCGCGAUCUGGAACUACGGGGAGAACUGGUAGCUUCCACGGUGGAGGACGUUACUGGCGGCGCGGUCUUGGAUAGCUUCGCGAUCUCAAAAUGACGGACAUUCGAACGGCUCGUUCAACGGAUCUCUCUCCU